CUGAGUAUUUCGUUUACGCUCAAUAAAUUCAUACCUUGUGGUAUUUAUAUAACAAACUACCCCUUCAAUCCCAGUUACUUUUACUUUUCCAGUACUAAAAAUGACGGAUAAGGCGUUUAAACUAUUACAGAAACCCGUUAUAAAAUAUAAUGCCGUACAGACAAUCAUAUAUGUGUUUUUAACUAUUUUGUCAGUGACUUUCGCGGAAUUAUUACAUACAAGAGGUAGAGGCGGGAGACUGUUAGAACCUCCAGGACGAUCCUCUUUAUGGAGGUUAAAUUCUACUUUACAACCAGUCAAGGAAUUUGACCAUCCUCUUAAUUGUGGUGGGUUUGAAACACAGUGGUUGAAAAAUAAAGGAAAAUGUGGAAUUUGUGGUGACCCAUUUGAUGGACAGCGUGAUCAUGAAAAUAGUGAAAAAUACGAUCAUAAAUUUAUUUCUCGGACGUUCAAGCAAAACAAAAUUAUUAAUGUGACUGUUGAAAUAAUUGAGAAUUUAUCAGGAUAUAUUGAAUUCCGAAUUUGUGAUAAAAAUAACGAUGACGUCAUAACAGCAGAAUGUCUAGAUAAAAAUGUUUUGGCAAUAGGAGAUACAAAAUAUGAAAAGUAUAAGGUUUGGAAUUCAGGGUACCACGUGAUACCGAUACAGCUUCCAGAGAAUUUAACAUGUGAUAAAUGUCUACUGCAGUUUCGAUACCAUACCGGUUACCGAUGGGGUUGUGAUGGUGAUGACUGCUGCUAUGGUUGUGGUCCAAUGCAGGAGGAGUUUUAUAGUUGUUCCGAUAUCAGAUUAGUGCCAGAUGAAACUCUGAAAUUUAAAACGAGGCGGGAAAAAAGUCCAGAAGAAUCACCAUACAUGUCAUGGUGGUGCCGAUCCCAGUGUUCUGAAGAAGAAUGUGAUUCAACAAUUUGUACAAAACAAGCAAAUUUACGUCAAAAGAGACAAGCAUUGAAAGAUUGUAAAGGCACGGGAUUAUGGACCGACAAUAGAGGAAUGGAUUUUUGGUGUAGGAUUAAUUGCGAUAACCCAAUACCAUAUUGUCCACCCGAGUACUGCCAAUGUGACACAGGAGACGUUGAAACAACGACAACCACUACACCGGCUCCAACGACAACGCCAGGGCGAUUGUUUGCGUACAUAAACCCAAUCCAGUCCACUGCUACUUUUGGUGAUGUACUGGUUCAGAUUCAAUGUUUUGUUACUGGUAUACCAGUGGCCGAUACAUGGUACUGGACCAGGAAACCUCUUAAUGGUGGACCAAUAACUACAAUCGUAAAAGGAACCAAUAGUGUAGAUUAUAUAGUAGACGAUUCACCGACCAGUCCAUCUCUAACCAUCCUUGGUAUAACUAAAGCUGAUGAAGCUGACUAUACAUGUUUUGCCACGAAUGCUGCUGGAACAAGUUCUAGUUCCAGCUCAAGAUUAUAUGUAAUUGGAGACUUACUAACUAUCUCAAUAGAACCAGAAAGCUUCACGAUAUUGGCGGGAGAUGCAAGUUAUAAAAUAUUGUGCAUAAUAUCCGGUUCUCCACAAGCUACGUCCUGGUACUGGACAAAAACAUCUCUAGAGGGUAAUUCAAUCAGUACGAUCGGUCAGGGAACAAAUAAUCAAAAAUAUACAGUGGAUAAUUCACCAAACUACCCACAUCUGACUAUUAAAGAAAUAACUGAAAAUGACGAAGGUGAUUAUGAAUGUCAUGCCACGAAUGCUGCUGGACAAAGUACAAGUAACAGGAAAUCCAGAUUACUAGUCACUGGAGGAUUCAACAAAGUUUUGAACAGUUCAUCAGAUCAAAACGUCGAUGAACAUCCAACUCCUUCGUAA